GGCUAGCCGGGCGGUCGUGCCAGCUGUUCACACAGACUAUGUGCUUUUCAAACCAGUAACAUAUCAUCGGGUGCUAUUUCUUUAGUUAUUUUAAACAGUGUGUGUGGAUGCUAGAAAUAGUUUACAGUUAGUUAUAAUGGAUGUAAAAGAAGAGUUGAACAAGAAGGAACAUGCGGACAGCGAUGUUUUGGAAAAGGUGCUCAUGCACGUGGGAGAGCUGGGCCGCUACCAGAAGCUCCUGUUCUUGGCGAUGGCUCCUUUCGGUGUCUUCUUUGCCUUCGUCUACUUCGUGCAGAUGUUUAUAACUGCCACCCCACAGCGGCACUGGUGUAGAGUGCCCGAGCUGGAGCAUUUGGAUGUAGAACUAAGACGGAACCUCACGGCGCCACCAAUGGGUGAAGAGUGGGAGCGAUGUCUGAUGUACGAUGCCAACUGGACGCACGUGCUGCAGAACAACUCUGUGCUCGCUGACACGCCUACAGUGCCGUGCAGAAAUGGAUGGGAGUUCGAGCUUGGGGAUAUUCCCUAUGAGACUGUUGUUAGCGAGCGAGGCUGGGUGUGCGAGUACGCCGGCUACACGCCUUUCGCUCAGACGAUCUUCUUCGCCGGUUCCUUCGUCGGAGGCAUUUACUUCGGCUGGAUGGCAGACCACUUCGGCAGAGUGCCUGCUUUGGUUGGGACGAAUUUAUUCGCCUUCAUCGGCGGAGUGGCCAGCAUUUACACGACGGGAAUAUGGGACUUCGCCUUCUGCAGGUUCCUCGUCGGCAUGUCCUACGACAGCUGCUUUAUGCUCAUGUACAUUUUAGUGCUAGAAUACGUAGGUCCCCGCUACCGCACGUGGGUGGCGAACCUCUCCAUCGCGCUGUACUUCGGCGGCGGAUGCCUCAUCCUGCCGUGGCUCGCGCUGUGGAUCGGAGACUGGAGGAACUUGCUGUGGGCUACCAGUGUGCCCUUCCUGCUGGUCAUUAUUGUGCCUUUCACUGUGCCUGAGAGUGCUAGAUGGCUCUCUUCUCGAGGGCGUGUCAACGACGCAGUUAAAGUUAUAAGAAGAUUUGAAAAGGUUAACGGGACAAAAGUUCCGGAUGAUGUUAUGGAUGAAUUUAUUGUAUCAGCGAGCCAAACACGGCAGACUAACGAGUCAAUCAAGGACGUGUUCAAAAGCGGCCCACUCCGCAAGAUGAUGCUGAUAAUGGUAGUUGUCUACAUGGCUUGUGCGGCCAUCUUUGACGGGCUGGUGCGCAUGUCCGAGGGUCUGGGCUUCGAUUUCUUCAUCACCUUCACUCUGACCUCCGCCACCGAGAUUCCUUCGGUCACACUCUUGGCUUUCGUUCUGGACAAGUGGGGACGAAGAAUCUUGACAUGCGGGCCGAUGUUCACCUCUGGAGUUCUGAUUCUAAUAGCUGCAUUUGUACCCAAAGGUAUACCCCAAGUAACGCUAGCAAUAAUGGCGCGUUUCCUGAUCAACAUGUCUUACAACGCCGCCAUCCAGUGGUCGGCUGAGCUGCUGCCUACGCCGGUGCGCGCGUCCGGCUCGUCGCUCAUCCACGUAAGCGGAUACGUGGCUACGCUCGUCUCACCAUACAUUGUUUACUCGGAACGUGUAUGGAGAUCUCUACCGCUUCUCAUCUUGGGUCUGAUAGCGAUGGUCGGGAGCUCAGUCAGCUUGCUGUUGCCAGAGACUAAUGGAAUGCAGAUGCCACAAACUAUUGAGGAAGGCGAGAAAAUCGUCUCUAGCUAUACGCUUUGCGGAAAAGCUGAAGACGUAGAAGUGGACAGUCCAGAAGAAAAUGACAAAUUAAAAGCUUUGAUAACUUAACAUUUUUAUUUUAAGUGAAUGGAUAAAACUUUGCCGUCAAGUGGCUUAUAUUGCCGAACUAAAUAAAAACAGGAUAACUAAAGUGAAUGUUAGUACCUAAACCUAUGACAUCAAAUGUUUAGUAUGCAAAAAAUUGACCCACAUCGUUAUCUUC